AUGGCCUGCACAGCUCUUUUCUUUUCUUUUAUUCAGAAAGGCAAAGAUGUCUUCUUUGGAGAAACUGAAGAUACCUACAUUACCAGUGCUAUCCAGGAGGGGGCUAACAUGGUGGAUGAUCCUAUAUACCAUACACUGAAAAGAAAUCUCCAAAGGAGGGGAAUAAUAGCUCCUGCUCUGCUGCUGGCUUUUUCAAAAUUUCCUGAACAAGAAAGUCAAGAUAUUUCCCAAGCAUCUGAAAGAAUGGAAACUUCAACACAAGUGCUGGAAAAAAAAGUUCACCAGAAGCAGAAACGCUCACUGCAUCCAAGUGAUCUUUUAUCAACUGAUUUGCUCAGCAUGAUUGCCAAUAUUUCUGGAUGCCUGCCUUACAUGCUGCCACCAAAAUGUCCAAAUAAUUGCCUAGCCAAUAAAUACCGCCUCAUCACUGGUGCCUGCAAUAACAGGGAACAUCCUAGAUGGGGAGCUUCCAACACUGCUCUGGCUAGAUGGCUCCCCCCAGCUUAUGAAGAUGGAAUCAGCCAGCCCAAAGGAUGGAAUCCCAACUUCUUCUUUAAUGGAUCUCAACUGCCAUUGGUUCGUGAAGUGACAAGAAAAAUUAUUCAUGCAUCUAAUGAGGCUGUUACGGAAGACAAUCUAUAUUCUGAUAUCAUUAUGGUGUGGGGACAAUACAUAAGUCAUGACAUUUCAUUCACACCUCAGAGCACAAACAGAGCUGCCUUUCUAAGAGGAGUAGAAUGCAAGAUGACAUGUGAAAACCAAAAAUCAUGUUUUCCAAUAAAGGUAUUUGCCAAUGAUACGCUAUCGACAGGAAGAGAGUGCAUGCCUUUUUAUCGUUCAUCUCCUGCAUGUGGCACUGGUGAUCAUAGCAUUCUCUUUGGAAAUCUAUCAACAUUAAAGCCAAGAGAACAGAUCAAUGGUUUAACCUCUUUCCUUGAUGCUUCCACUGUCUAUGGCAGCACGCCUGCUGUUGAAAACAAACUAAGGAAUUUUACAAGCAAAGAAGGCCUCCUUAGAACAAAUGUGCGAUAUUAUGAUAAUGAUCGGGAAUACUUGCCUUUUGUAGACCAGGUCCCAUCUCCCUGUGCACAAGACCCUAACUCAGAUGAAGCUGAAAGGAUCGAAUGCUUUAUGGCUGGGGACAGCAGGUCUAGUGAAGUAAUCUCAUUGACAGCUAUGCACACCUUGUGGCUGCGAGAACACAACCGCCUGGCUAAAGCACUGAAAAAACUGAACAGACAUUGGAGCUCGGAAACAGUUUACCAAGAAGCUCGCAAAAUUGUUGGUGCUCUACAUCAGAUUAUUACUGUAAGAGACUAUAUUCCAAAAAUCAUUGGCCCAGAGGCUUUUAAUCAGUAUCUUGGUCUGUAUAAAGGCUAUGAUCACAGAAUAAAUCCCAUGGCUUCAAAUGUAUUUUCUACCGCUGCUUUUCGAUUUGGUCAUGCAACAAUACACCCAAUAAUAAAGAGACUUAAUGUUCAGUAUCAAGAUGACCCAGACCUCCCAAAUCUUCAUAUGCAUGAAGUUUUUUUUAGUCCCUGGAGGCUCAUUAAAGAAGGAGGUUUGGACCCUUUACUAAGAGGUAUUCUAGCAAAGUCAGCAAAACUACUGAUGCAGGAUCAAAUCAUGAAUGAAGAAUUAACAGAAAAGCUCAUUGUAUUGUCAAAUAAUGGGUCAUUGGACUUAGCCUCAUUAAAUUUACAGCGUGGACGUGAUCAUGGACUCCCAGGUUACAAUGACUGGCGAGAAUUCUGCGGUUUACCAAGACUGGAAACUCAAACUGACCUGAACAUGGUAAUAGCUAAUAGGAAGGUAGCUGAAAAAAUCAUGGAAUUGUACAGCAAUCCAAACAAUAUUGAUGUUUGGCUUGGUGGCCUAGCAGAAAACGUCCUCCCAGGUGGUAGAACUGGCCCACUGUUUGCAUGUAUAAUUGGAAAGCAAAUGAAAGCCCUGAGGGAAGGUGACCGAUUUUGGUGGGAAAACAGUCAUGUUUUCACAGAAACUCAAAGGCAUGAACUAAGAAAACAUUCUUUGUCCCGUAUAAUCUGCGAUAACACAGGCCUCUCAGAAGUGCCACCUGAUGCCUUUCAACUUGGGAAGUUUCCUCAAGACUUUGAGUCAUGUGACAAUAUACCAGGAAUAAAUUUAGAAGUGUGGCAGGAAAGCAAUCAGCAAGAGGAAACAUGUGGAUUCCCAAAGGGAAUAGCAAAUGGAAACUUUGUCUAUUGCUCAGAAUUUGGAAAAUCCAUGGUGAUUUACUCAUGUCAACAUGGGUACCAACUCCAAGGAGAAGAACAAUUAACCUGUACAAGCAGAGGAUGGAAUUUUCAACCACCAGUUUGUAUAGAUAUCAAUGAAUGUGAAAACCAAAUUAAUCCAUCGUGCCACACAUCUGCUAAAUGCAUUAACACCAUAGGCGGCUACCAGUGUGUUUGCACAGAUCCUUACGAACUGGCAGAAGAUGGAAGAACGUGCUUAGAUUCUGGAAGGAUUCCUAAAGGCUCUUUAAUCUCCAUCAUUUUAGGAGUUACUAUGGUCAGUGGUUUGGCAGUAUUAAGCUGGAUAGUAAUUUGCCGGUGGACGCAGUCUGCUAAUGGAUCAGCUCAAGCAAACAUGUUAAAGGAUAGAACACAUCUAUCUGCAGAAACAGACAGCAAAAAACACCAUGAAAUGAAGACUUCACAGCCCAAUAUAUUAGUUGAUCCAGCUGAUAAGGAUCAUCCCAAUGGUCCCCAGAUACUACUCUGCAUGUAAUUAUUUUACUAUGUUUUAGAAGAUAAUGAACAGAUACAAUGUACUUCUUUGUACUUAACAUUUUUUAAAAAGAGCUAAUUAAGAAGCAGUUGGAACGAUCCAGAUACAUUUAUGCCAGACUGUUCUUCACUUUUGGUACAAAGAUCUUUCAUAACUAUUACAAUCCUGCAUUACACAUUUGUUUAGACUUUUGGUAGUACAUAUCACCAUUUAAUAUCAUGUUCCAAAUGAUGUUUCAUUUUAUUCUACCCCCUUUCUCAUAGUGCCACUAAAGCAAUUAAACCUGGAGAUAAUAUCUGUUGCAAAAGCGCAUCACAUUUUGCUUCUGAAAGUCUGAAAAAGAUGCUUUUCAUCUUUUAGUAAAGAGAAAACACAGAGGAAGUCAGAAACAGUUUUUUUUUUAAUUCUAGAAUAUUAAGUGAAAUAUAAGAAUAGAAAUACUUACUCCAUUUUAUUUAUUCAUAUUUUAUCCCAUCUAUACAUGUUGCAUAUUUAGCCAUUGGCACAGAUACUUAAAAUAUGAUCAUUUCCUUCCAUAGUACUCAUCUGAAUUAAUUGUACUUCUUUUACAUGCUAACCCUUAGAUAUUUUAAAAUUUCUUGAUUUGAAAAUCUCUAUCCUGGAAUUAGGAAUAGGUAAAUAAAAUGAAUCUAUGUGUUAAGAAAUAAGGAUUCAAACGUGACAAUUGCACUUAGACCAAGAUGUUGCAAUAUUUCUGACUGUCCUUUCUGCUGAUAUUCAUAAUUAGUGAUCCCUGCACAAGCUUCAUUUUUAAGACACAAUGACUUAAUGCCGGUUAUCUAUUUGUACAAUUUUCAAGGUGACUUUGCAGCUUACCCAUGUGUACAGCACCUGUAAAAAUGUCUAUAAAUAUUUUUCAUAUCAAUAACAAUUCUAACUGCAUUUUCAGAAAAAGAGGUCUCAUUUGUAGUGCUGUCGGAUGAUCUAAUUUUAACUAUUUCAUUAUUGCCCUGCAAAUCAGACUAUUUCUUCUGCUGCUACUCCUUUCAGAUAUUCCUCUCUCCUUUAGACUAAUACCAGACACUCCCAAGAAGAUGGAUUUUAUAUAUUAAUUUCUCAUUUGCAAAGGAACAUGAGAGAAAAAAAUACUUUAUUUGGAAUGUUUUUCAUACUAAACAUCAGAACAAGAAGAAAUACUGAACAAACAGGCAAAUGUAGAUUAUAAAAAACCCCAGAGCUGCUUCUUAUGAAUAUAGCAGUUAAAAAGGACAUAAUUGUCAGGGUGCAUGGAAAAAUAACUUUCCCAAGGCAUAAGAACAAAUAGAACCAUGAAAGCAUGCAGACAGCAGAAAACAAAUGACAACACAGAUUCAGCAACGAUUGAGAAUCACAAAGAUAUUUCAUUGACAAACUAUUUGUGUCACUGUCACUGCCAGUGGCUAAUGCAAAACUGUUUACAGGACUAGCAAUGAGAUUUUCCAGACUAGGUCUUCAGAUUUUUUGCUUGCCUUCUCUUUUGUCAACAUCACAACAUAUUUUCAAAGGAAUGGGUGAAUAAUGUUACUGCAGUAUAAGGCAGAAUCGCAAUGUACUAUGUAGUAAUACAGAUUUACUGUAAGACAUUACAAGAUAACUGGAAGUCUCUAAUGAUCUCCAUUUAUCACUUUGAAAUGACAAAUUCACCUUCAUCAGAGGGAGAGAACUAUUAAAUAUUGCUAUAACUAUGGCUCGUCUUAAACUCUAGAUCCGAUAGAAAGGAAACUCAACUGCAUGUUCUUUAAGGACUUGCGUGGUUGAUCAAUUUGCCAUAAAGUUGAACUAUUGACAGCUAAUUCAUAUUGCCUACUUUAAGAAUAUAGUGGAGCUAUCAUAAAUCAAGAAACGCUAUCAAACUGUUUAAAUGGUAGGUGAGGCCGGUGACAUUGCUUAUUAUUUAGCUUUACCAACACUCCUCAUGAUAAGACCCUGUUUACAAUUCCUUAUAACUUUCUCAAACUUUAAUCAUUUGAGCUGAAAUUUGCUAUGCUAGGUGGCUGAUUUAGGCUGAUUUUGAGGGCGGGGGGGAGAGAUUUUACCCAAACCAGUUCAGCCACUUCAAAGAAUGAGGAGCUAGGGAAAAAUACAUUGUUUUGCCCAUAUUAAAUUCUGGCAACCUUUUCUUCGAACAGUUCUAGUGCACCCAGGUUUUGAAAUUUGGUGGGGGUGGACCUCUGUGUCAGUGUUUUAUGCUGUCCCCUGUGCAAAUCUACCCAAAUUUGGCUAAAUUAUAAGCCUUUGGAAAAUCACAGUUCACAUAUAAGCAGUAAAGACUUACUAGACCCUCACAGCAAUGUAACCAUGCUGUAUGUUCAGCUUAAAAGGAGAGUGAUUGCAUGCAAAGGUCAUGCCAGUUGUUAUGAAAUAUCUUAUUAUGUUUGUCUUGUUGAACAAAAAGGGGGAGAUUUUAGAUGAUAAAGAUAAAUCUUACAGCGCCAUGGCAAGAGCCAUUCAAAAUAGCUGAGUUAUAAAUAAAAACACUUGAAAUGUUUCAAUUUUUUUUUUCAAGUUUUGCAGAAGUUCAUUGGAAGUUGGUCAUCUCCUCACCCCUCCCCCGCUUCUCACUCCCCCACAACCUAUAUAAUUGACAAUAUCAGCACAGCUUUUGUUGUUGUGGUUUAGUUCAGGACUGUGCAUUUGUGACUAGAUGGCUCUCCUAGUUUUUUUUUUGACUGCUCCUGCCAUGGAGUGCUGAGUUCACUGACUUAAGCUGAGUUACUCUGGAUUUAUACUACUGAGAGGUGAACCAGACCCACUGUGUGUGUAAUAUUGCAGAUGCAAUAUAGUAGUUUCAACAAUCUCUAGCCUCAUUUAUGAGAUUAAUUUUCAUCCUGCACUAAAGCUUCAGAAUUGGUGCCGAUUUUUACAGCAAAUGUAAUAAGCUCUUAAUAAAAUUUAGUUUAUUAAUAUUUUAUUGUAUGCAUUUUAAAGUGGCUUUGUACAACAUCCUGGGGUGAUUGCAUGGGGGAUGUUCUCUAAAUAUUAAUGUAAUUAAUUGUGUUUGCUUAAUGAACAAGUAUUAAAAAAGAAAUAACGCA